AAUGCAGCUCCAAACCUUGGGAUAUGACGCAUUCUGGUUGUAUACGAUUUCGGCCGUCGUUAUGGUCAGUAUGAUCACAACCGUACUAUCAUGCCUGUGCUGUCGCCGCAAACAGGAGAUCAAAAAUGAUCUUCUCGGACUAGAAGGUAUGGUAAAACUCACCAAUCCAGAGGACACUUUGUUGCCUUCGGGUUCGAACGGUGCAAUCAAUGCACCGGCGACAAACACCGGUAACGGUGCGCUGGGCACAAACUCAUCAAAUGCAUCGAAUCUCCGACCAGCCAGUGUUGGUGGUGGGUUUGGUUCGGAUACCGAAAGCAGUAGUAAAAGAACUUCCAAUGCACCACAUCGAAGUUUGCCAGAUAUCCCAAUCGCAGAACCAGCUGGUGAUAACAAUUCGGAACUAUAUGCUACCGUUGGAGACAAAGUGCAGGAUUUGCCGCAAGGGAGGAGUCCAUCGGCAAGCUUGAAAAAGCAAGCCAGCGUUUCACAGCACAGUUCCAUCAGCCAGGCAGAUGAUAUAAGCUCCCCUUACGCGCGAGUCAGAUCACCACCACACGCGUACGACAAAUUGCGGCGCAUGGAACAUCCGUAUGCACAGGUCGCGCAACCUGGAUCAGCGGCCGGAAGUACUGUGUUUGAAGGAGGAGCCAGCGGACCAUCGGGGACAGCAAAUCGUUCAAAGCCGCGGGACGGCGAUGAUGAUGACGAUGAAGACGAUGACGAUGACGAGCUAAUGAGUCCCAUUUCGCGCCGCGAAUCAUCUCAGAAUAUAGAAGAUCGAGAAAACUCAACAGUGGAUAUUCCGGCUGCGUCUGCGAUUGCUGGACGUGUGUCUGCUAGUCAAGACUUACCAUACAUGACACCACCAAUAGUUCAACCUUCAUCUCAGCAUUUUAGUGGAGAUUCUCAAGAUUCCUCCAAGGGCUACACGAGCAUAAGCGUGCGGGAACCGUUAGCCAAUCUACUUCCGCAGAACAUGCCGAAUCAAACGACCGCCAAACGGAGACAGAUAUUAGGUGACUCGCACUAUGCCACUGUGUCAGACGAUUCGGACGAGAUGUAUGCCGCGAUUGAUGAUCCCGGCAAUCAAGGUGAUCUGUACACCAGCGGGUCAGAAACGUACGCACAAAUCCAACCCCCAAACGCGAUGACAGUGUCGGUCGAAAUAAAUACGGGUGCGUCAAGCAGACCACAACCCCCGUCGGUGCAGACGCUGCACGCAACCGUGAACGAUGCGCUUGAUUCUGGGGGCAUGUCAAGCAGCAGCAAAACAAACUCCACACCAUCGAACCGACUCAGUAAUCAUAGGAAUAUGGCACCAUCCAUAGAUGAACACACGCACGGAGCUCCUUCACACUUGAUUCCAUCGGCAGCCCCGAUCGAAGGAGGAGGAGCAGGAGGAUUAAGGGCCCAAACGUUUGUGCAGCAUUCGCGUCAAGCAUCGUCCUCAAGUUGCACAAGUUCGGUAGGAAAUUUGGGUUCGCCGAAACCGGAGAAACGGCAAGCAAACAGCCCAUUGCCUCCGACGCCAAAAACACUAAAGCACCAGGCAAAUAAUUUCUUCAGCACUUCCAAUCAGUCUAUGAUCGGGACGGGUAGUGUGGCAUCGUCGAGUACAACGACAGCCACCUCGGGGCGUAAUUCAGUUGGUUCGGUUAUCGAAUGUGAUGGCACGGCAGCGUCCAACAGAGACAGCACAGGGAACAAAUCGAAUGUGGAUGGUGACGGUACAAUGCUACCAAACGGCAAGCAAAAGAAGAGUCCAUCAAAAGAUUUGGAAGGAAUGUAUGCAAAGGUAAUGAAAAAGAAUAAACUAUCGAAAGUACCAUCACAAAACUCAUCACCCGUGCCGCUGCGAAAAGAUGGUUCCCUUGAUGCGCAACAUCUAAAGCAACAGUUCCUGUCCGAUUCGGAUAUGUCCCAGUUUAACGGCAGCGGAUCGCUGCAUAGUGGAUCCCCGAACAGAAAUAUGACAACCGCACAGCGCAACAGCACCGGGAACUGCCAAAACAAGGAACCUGGCUAUGAAACUAUCCCGGGUGAUACUGUAAAGAUUGGCAUGGAGGCGGCAGCUUCACGCAAAUCGGCCGAUUAUGCACAGAUACAGAAAAUGCAUCGCAAUCAAACCUCCGGGACGACAACGGUGGCCAACAUUUUGCUGGCGGGUGGCGAAGGGUCAAAUGCACUAAGUGCGAUAGUAGCGCAAGGUAUUGAAUCGGUGUCUCUCGGUUCGCUAGAAAUAUGUCAUGGUAUUGACGAACAUUAUGAACGAUCUUUUACAGCAGACAGCGAGCCAGGGUACGAAAGUUUGCCGGAUACUCGCGGCAGUAUGAAUGACCCUGGCUAUGAAACACUUAAUCGUGGUUCGAAUCGUACCGAAUCGGACUCGGAUCCAAACUAUGAAAUAUUACGUCCAGCUGGUAGUAAACCAUCGACUGCGAGUCAACCCUUAGGAGCGAGCAAACCGAGAGCUGGCGAUAAUAAUCGUGACAGUGACGGGUACAGCAGCAUACGUGAGCAGCCGGGAAAACCGGCACAUCAAACAGUGAAAAACGGUGCAAGAAAUCGUUUAGAUUUUGGUGGAGCUCGGAGAGGCGGUGCGGAGGAUGAAGAUACGGACAGCAGUACGCCCGGGUACAGCAGCAUCAAGGAAAAGGACGACUACGAUCCGGGAUAUAGUGUGAUUUCGGAGCGAAAAAAUCCUCCGCCGGGUCACGAUUAUGCAAGCAUCACGGAGGAAGCAAAAAAACGUAAGCCAAAUAUUAACAACAACCUAGAACCGGACGACGAAUCGGACAUAUACUCUAGCAUACCACAUACCGCGUCCGGAACGCUGACAAUGCCUUCACCAUCUGCAGCCGUCGCUAUUGUUGGCGGUUCCAGUCCACCGGGCGGAUCUGUUGGCAUCGCUAUCGAAAGCGGCACCAACUUUGGCACGAUGGCCGAUCGAACGGGUGGGGUGAGCAUGGGGACGCUUUCGUCCUCGCCGGGUUAUUCCAGUAUUUCGGAAACGCGCACAACUCCCUCGUCGACCGAUGGAGAUGGUGACGGUAGUACAAGCUCUCCGGAUCAGUUGAUCGGAUAUGGUAAGCACAAUAGCAAUACAAACACUACGGUAACGACUAACAAUAGUUUGAGUCGGAUAUCGAGCAACUAUGAAUCACUCACCGGUAGUGAAUCGGACCCUAACUAUGAAUCGGUAAAAUAUCUCAAUGUUAAGGAAAACCCUUACGAACGACUCCACAAUGAGAGUGGUGGAGGGGGAGGAGGAAGCAGUGGGAUGGAAUGUGUACCUAAAUCCUUGACGAAUGAUUCACUAACGACAGACUCCGAUACAGCAACUCCGACUCCGGUCACACAAACGUUAUCGCCGGGCGGAAACCCAUCAGCGCGUAGAGCGAUGAUGGGCACACCGGAUAGUGAUGGAACGGUACCAGCUGUUGGUGACUACUUUCAAGUGUAA